AGAGCCUGAGCGAGCGCCUGGGAGAAGGGGCCGGGGAGCCACCGCCACCGCCGCGCUGCCGACCCGGGCGAGGUUCGGCCCCGCCGUCCCUGCUUGCCGAGAUCCUUUGAGACUGUGAAGACUAUUUAAAGAAGGAAGACGGCAUGAGAUUGGAUUCAGUGCAGUAAAGUAGGUUAAUCUGAGGACAAGACAAAACGCCAUUAUUUAGACCUUCUUGUGCUGCCAUGAUGAGAACUUACCAUUGCUUCUGGCUGCUGUUUUGGGCUGGUCAGCCCCACCAAACUUUCUUAACUCCAUUAUCCCAAAGGACUAGUGGCUUUCCAGAAAAGGGAAAAGUUUUGGUGUUGUCUGGAAACAGCAGGCAAGACAUCCGUCGUUCCAAAAGAAGCUGGAUGUGGAAUCAAUUCUUUUUAUUGGAGGAAUACACAGGAACAGACUACCAGUAUGUUGGCAAGCUGCACUCAGACCAGGAUAAAGGAGAUGGAUCACUUAAGUACAUCCUUUCUGGAGAUGGAGCAGGAGACCUCUUCAUUAUCAAUGAAAAUACUGGUGACAUCCAGGCCACAAAGAGACUAGACAGGGAAGAAAAGCCUGUAUACAUACUCCGUGCCCAGGCUAUAAACAGAAGGACUGGAAGACCAGUGGAACCAGAAUCUGAGUUCAUCAUUAAGAUCCAUGAUAUCAAUGAUAAUGAACCAAUGUUUACAAAGGAUGUUUACAAUGCCAGCAUUCCCGAAAUGUCAGAUGUUGGUACCUUUGUUGUGCAAGUCACUGCAACUGAUGCCGAUGAUCCUACAUAUGGAAACAGUGCUAAAGUUGUCUACAGCAUUCUCCAGGGACAACCAUACUUCUCUGUCGAAUCCGAGACAGGUAUUAUUAAAACUGCUUUGCUAAACAUGGACCGUGAAAACAGGGAGCAAUAUCAAGUGGUCAUCCAGGCUAAGGAUAUGGGAGGCCAGAUGGGUGGAUUAUCAGGAACCACCACUGUGAAUAUUACACUGACUGAUGUAAACGACAAUCCACCUCGCUUCCCCCAGAGUACAUACCAAUUCAGAGUUCCUGAGUCUACACCACCUAACUCACCAGUUGGCAGGAUAAAAGCUAAUGAUGCUGACGUGGAUGAAAAUGCAGAGAUUGAAUACAGCAUCACUGAAGGGGACGGAUAUGACAUGUUUGGAAUUACCACAGACAAGGACACACAGGAAGGAAUUAUAAGUGUCAAAAAGGCAUUGGAUUUUGAAAGUAAAAACUUGUAUAUACUGAAAGUGGAAGCUACCAAUACUCAUGUGGAUCCUCGAUUCCUCUAUUUGGGGCCAUUCAAGGACUCUGCUACAGUCAGAAUUCAGGUGGAGGAUGUAGAUGAGCCUCCUGUGUUCAGCAGACCGGCAUACAUAAUGGAAGUGAAGGAAGAUGUUCCAAUAAACACUGUAAUAGGAACAGUGACUGCUCAGGAUCCAGAUGCUGCCAAGAACCCUGUCAAGUAUUCUGUAGAUCGACACACUGAUAUGGACAGAGUGUUCAACAUCAAUUCAGGAAACGGUUCGAUAUUUACUUCAAAACUCCUUGACCGGGAAACACUGCUAUGGCACAACAUUACAGUAAUAGCAGCAGAGAUCAACAACCCAAAACAAAGUAGCCGUGUCCCAGUGUUCAUUAAGGUUUUGGAUAUAAAUGACAAUGCUCCAGAGUUUGCCAUGUUUUACGAGACCUUUGUCUGUGAAAAUGCAAAGGCAGAACAGCUGAUACAAACAUUAAGUGCUGUUGAUAAAGAUGACCCUUACAGUGGACAUCAGUUUUCAUUCUCCUUAGCUCCUGAGGCCGCUACCACCUCAAACUUUACACUGCAGGACAACAGAGACAACACAGCAGGGAUUUUCACCCGAAAAAACAGAUAUAACCGGCAUGAAAUGAGUACGUACUUCUUGCCAGUGGUAAUAUCAGACAAUGACUACCCUAUCCAAAGCAGCACUGAAACAGUGACUAUUCGAGUAUGUGCUUGUGACCACCGAGGAAAGAUGUUGUCCUGUAAUGCUGAAGCCUUGAUUCAUCCCACUGGUCUAAGCACUGGGGCUCUUAUUGCCAUUCUUCUCUGUAUCAUUAUAUUACUUGUUACAGUGGUGCUUUUUGCAGCACUGAGAAGGCAGCGGAAAAAAGAGCCUUUGAUUAUUUCUAAAGAAGACAUCAGAGACAACAUUGUCAGUUAUAAUGAUGAAGGUGGUGGAGAGGAAGAUACCCAGGCAUUUGAUAUCGGCACGCUGAGAAAUCCCGAAGCCAUAGACGAUAAUAAAUUCCGCAGAGACAUUGUGCCGGAAACACUUUUUAUGCCACAGAGGACUGCCACAGCGCGAGAUAACACGGAUGUCAGAGAUUUCAUUAACCAAAGGUUAAAGGAAAAUGAUAUAGAUCCAACGGCACCCCCGUAUGACUCGUUAGCAACCUACGCGUAUGAAGGUAAUGGUUCUGUGGCUGAGUCCCUCAGCUCCUUGGAGUCGGUGACUACGGAUGGAGACCAGGACUAUGAUUACCUCAGUGACUGGGGACCUCGGUUUAAAAAGCUGGCAGAUAUGUAUGGCGCAAUGGACAGUGACAAAGACUCUUAA